AUGUGCAAGAUGUCGUUCAAGAAGGAAACCCCGCUUGCCAAUGCGGCAUUCUGGGCAGCGAGGAGGGGCAACCUGACUCUGCUCCGCCUGCUACUGAACAGCGGCCGCGUGGACGUGGACUGUAGGGACAGUCAUGGGACCACACUCCUCAUGGUCGCCUCCUAUGCUGGCCACAUAGACUGUGUGAAGGAGCUUGUCCUGCAGGGAGCAGACAUCAAUCUCCAGAGAGAGUCAGGUACAACCGCCCUUUUCUUUGCUGCCCAACAAGGACAUAAUAAUGUCGUGCGAUUUCUCUUUGAAUUUGGAGCAUCCACUGAAUUUAGGACCAAAGAUGGAGGCACUGCCCUGCUGGCCGCCAGUCAGUACGGGCACAUGCAGGUGGUGGAGACCCUGCUAAAGCAUGGAGCCAACAUCCAUGACCAGCUCUACGAUGGAGCCACUGCACUCUUCCUAGCAGCCCAAGGGGGUUACUUGGAUGUGAUUCGAUUAUUGUUAUCUUCAGGCGCAAAAGUCAACCAGCCGAGGCAGGACGGGACAGCACCGCUGUGGAUCGCCUCGCAGAUGGGCCACAGCGAGGUGGUGCGGGUGAUGUUGCUGCGCGGGGCCGAGCGCGAUGCCGCCCGCCACGAUGGUACAACAGCUUUAUUGAAAGCAGCCAACAAAGGGUAUAAUGAUGUUAUAAAGGAGCUGCUGAAAUUCUCACCCACCCUCGGUAUUUUGAAGAAUGGGACCUCGGCGCUCCACGCGGCGGUGCUCAGCGGGAAUAUUAAAACAGUCGCCCUGCUCCUGGAAGCAGGGGCGGACCCAGCCCUGAGAAACAAGGCCAAUGAACUUCCAGCAGAACUAACCAAAAAUGAACAUAUACUGCGUCUCCUCCGAAGUAAAGAAGGACACAGGAAGAGCUAA